CGGACCCUGACUUCACAUCACCGGCUGGCUCCCUGCGCUCCAGCCUGGGGCAACAGGGUCAGUUCAGCCUCCUGAUCGUCCCCGGGCUCCCCGGACCCUAGGUCCCCGCGGGAGAGCCUUGCAAAAUGAAGCUGGUUUUGCUGUUACCAUGGGCGUGCUGCUGCUUGUGCGGGUCGGCGCUGGCCACCGGCUUCCUCUACCCGUUCCCGGCAGCAGCCUUGCAGCAGCACGGCUACCCGGAGCAGGGCGCCGGCUCCCCCGGCAACAGCUACUCGAGUCGCCGGCACUGGUGCCAUCACACCGUGACGAGGACAGUGUCCUGCCAGGUGCAGAACGGCUCCGAGACAGUGGUCCAGCGAGUCUACCAGAGCUGCCGGUGGCCUGGGCCCUGUGCCAACCUCGUGAGUUACAGGACUCUCAUUAGACCGACCUACCGGGUUUCCUACCGCACGGUGACUGCGCUGGAGUGGAGGUGUUGCCCUGGAUUUACCGGAAGCAACUGUGAGGAGGAAUGUAUGAACUGUACCCGGCUUAGCGACAUGAGUGAGCGGCUGACCACCCUGGAGGCCAAGGUCCUCCUGCUGGAAGCAGCUGAGCAGCCUUCAGGUCCGGACAAUGACCUGCCGCCCCCGCAGAGCACUCCACCAACCUGGAACGAGGACUUCCUGCCGGACGCAAUUCCCAUUGCGCAUCCCGGGCCCCGGAGGAGGAGACCCACAGGGCCAGCUGGACCUCCAGGACAGAUGGGACCACCUGGGCCUGCAGGGCCUCCAGGUUCCAAAGGUGACCGGGGCCAGACAGGCGAAAAGGGCCCAGUGGGACCUCCAGGUCUCUUGGGGCCACCAGGACCACGCGGGCUUCCUGGAGAGAUGGGGCGCCCAGGUCCACCAGGCCCUCCUGGCCCAGCAGGCAGUCCUGGCCUCUUGCCAAACAGUCCCCAAGGCGUCCUCUAUUCCCUGCAGACACCUACAGACAAGGAGAAUGGAGGCUCCCAGAUGAACCCUGCUGUUGUAGACACAGUGCUGACUGGCGUCCCAGGUCCCCGGGGCCCCCCAGGUCCCCCUGGUCCCCCAGGACCACAUGGUCCCCCAGGACCCCCAGGAGCACCUGGAUCCCAGGGCCUGGUAGAUGAGCAGGUUGUGACAAGGCCAUCUGGUGAGCCCGGUGUGAAGGGAGAAGAGGACAAAGCCACCAACGCAGAGGGAGAAGGCGUGCAGCAGCUUCGAGAGGCCCUGAAGAUCCUGGCGGAGAGGGUCCUUAUCCUGGAGCACAUGAUCGGGGUCCACGAUCCCCUGGCCUCCCCUGAGGGGGGCUCUGGGCAGGAUGCAGCCCUGAGAGCCAACCUGAAGAUGAAGCGAGGAGGUCCUCGCCCCGAUGGUACCCUGGCUGCCCUGCUGGGCCCUGAUCCCGCACAAAAGAGCGCAGACCAGGCUGGCGACAGGAAGUGAGAGUCUCUCUCCCUGUGCGAGCCCAGCCCUGCGGCUGCUUCCUGAAGACUCCCCACGUGGGACUGGGCAUCAGGCAGGGCCGAUUGUGGAGGACACUGGGAGCUUGGGGUCCCUGGAGAGAGAUGGUGCUCCCAAAGGCACGACCCAGGCUUCUUUUGCCCCUGCCCCUACCUCCCACUCCCGCUGGAGACGGGGGCUGGGUGGGCGUAGGAGAAUAUCACAGUUCUCAAUGGCU